CUUCUCAAAGAGAAAAAAAAUCAUCAGUUAUCAUUUUACAGAGAAAAACAGAGAUUUGAUCAAACCAAAACGAUGUCGGGCUGGGACGAAGGAGCAGUGUACUACAGCGACCAAGCGCAGUUCCCGGAAUCAGGCUCCGACGCCGCACCAAGCCGUCACACAAUCCUCCAAAAAUUUAAAGAGUUCAUCAGAAACUUCGAGACAAAGAAGAAUGUAUUCCCGUACCGUGAAAGUCUCAUCCAUAGCCCUAAAUCACUCCUCGUCCAUUUCGAAGAUCUACUUUCUUUCGACGCUGAACUUCCCUCUCUCCUCCGAUCCGCUCCCGCCGAUUACUUACCCUUGUUUGAGACGGCGGCGUGUGAGGUGUUACAGAGUUUGAGGUUAAAGGAGCAAGCGGAGAGUGGAGAAAUGAAGGAACCUGAGAUCACUGAAGUUCAGAUUUUAUUAAGUUCCAAAGAGGAUCCAGUAUCUAUGCGCUAUUUAGGGGCUCAGUAUAUUUCUAAGCUGGUGAAGAUAGCCGGGAUAACAAUAGCUGCUUCGAGAGUUAAAGCAAAGGCAACUUAUGUUAGUUUAGUUUGUAAGAAUUGCCAGAGUACUAGGCAAGUUCCUUGCCGUCCUGGUCUAGGUGGUGCAAUCGUGCCUCGUUCUUGUGAUCAUAUUCCUCAGGCUAAUGAAGAAGCAUGCCCGAUUGAUCCUUGGAUGGUGGUUCCAGAUAAGAGCAAGUAUGUUGAUCAGCAAACACUGAAAUUGCAGGAAAAUCCUGAGGAUGUGCCUACGGGUGAGCUUCCUCGGAAUAUGCUUCUAUCAGUGGAUCGCCAUCUUGUACAAAGAAUUGUACCUGGAACAAGACUGACAAUCAUAGGAAUUUAUAGCAUUUUUCAAGCAGCUAAUUCAUCAACCUCCCAUAGAGGAGCAGUUGCAAUUAGACAGCCUUAUAUUAGAGUUGUGGGAAUUGAGGAAAUUAACGAGGCUAGUUCUCAGGGUCAUGCGGCAUUCACUCAAGAAGAGGUAGAAGAAUUUAAAAGAUUUGCUUCACGGACAGAUGUAUAUGAAGCCAUAUGCUCCAAGAUUGCUCCCUCUAUAUUUGGAGAAGAACAGGUGAAAAAGGCAGUGGCUUGUCUGUUGUUUGGAGGAUCAAGAAAGAAUUUGCCUGAUGGGGUGAAGCUAAGAGGUGACAUCAACGUGUUGCUUUUGGGUGAUCCAUCUACUGCUAAAUCACAGUUUCUCAAGUUUGUUGAGAAGACGGCUCCUAUAGCUGUUUACACUUCUGGAAAAGGUUCCUCUGCUGCAGGUCUUACAGCCUCUGUAAUACGAGAUAAUAGCACGCGAGAAUUUUAUCUUGAAGGAGGAGCUAUGGUUUUGGCAGACGGAGGUGUUGUUUGUAUAGAUGAAUUUGACAAAAUGAGGCCAGAGGAUAGGGUUGCUAUUCAUGAAGCUAUGGAGCAGCAAACUAUAUCCAUUGCAAAAGCAGGAAUAACAACUGUUCUCAAUUCUAGAACAUCAGUGCUGGCAGCUGCAAACCCUCCAUCAGGACGCUAUGAUGAUCUCAAGACAGCACAGGAAAAUAUUGAUUUACAGACAACUAUUCUCUCUAGAUUUGACUUAAUCUUCAUUGUUAAGGAUAAAAGAGACUACAAUCGGGAUAAGAUCAUAGCUAGUCAUAUAAUAAAGAUUCAUGCAUCUGCUGAUUCGGCUUCAGCUGAUACCAGAGUUUCUAAUAAUGAAGAGAAUUGGCUUAAGAGAUAUUUACAAUAUUGUCGAACUGAAUGCCGUCCCCGUCUUUCAGAAUCUGCAUCCAGUAGAUUGCAAAAUGAGUAUGUCAGAUUCAGACAGGACAUGAGAAAGCAGGCAAAUGAAACUGGGGAGGCUGCUGCAGUACCUAUUACUGUAAGGCAGCUAGAAGCUAUCAUAAGGUUGAGUGAGGCUCUUGCUAAAAUGAAACUGUCCCAUGUUGCCUCUGAGGCAGAUGUGGUUGAAGCAGUAAAUCUUUUUAAGGUGUCGACAAUCGAAGCAGCGCAGUCUGGCAUAAAUCAACAAGUUACCCUUACUCCCGAGAUAAAGCAAGCAGAAACUCAGAUAAAGAGAAGACUAGGAAUUGGAAUGCGCAUAUCUGAACGAAAGCUGAUUGAUGAGCUUUCUAGAAUGGGAAUGAAUGAAUCCAUUGUAAGAAGAGCUCUUGUAGUUAUGUAUCAAAGAGAUGAAAUAGAGUAUAAGCAUGAGCGACGCAUUAUCGUACGGAAACUGUAAUCUAUUACGAAAUCUCCCGAAUCGAGUGAGGAACUGGAUCAAAGGUUAGUUAGUGCUUCAAGAACAUGAUUGUAAAAUGUUUGUUCCUUGUGGUUUACUUUAUAGGUCGAAGGUUAGCCUGUUUGAUGAAUUUGUUUAUCUGUAAAAUUAUGGCUUUAAAAAAUGUUAGGAAAAAACUGCAAUUCUUGCCAUUUUUCAUUUAGACAGCUUAACUUCAUCUUCUAGGAUAAUUCUUAACAAAAUUUUGUUA